AUGGUAGAUCCUCACUCACAUUCACGGUUGAAGCAACAUCUACAGUUCAGAUUUGAUAGGCUUAGAGUCAUACACCGAGACCUAAAACCAGAAAAUAUAUUGCUAGAUCUUCAAGGCUGCAUUGCUGUUGCAGAUUAUGGCUCAUGCAAACAGUUUGUCGGCUCUAAAGAGGGUGAUCGUGAGUAUACACAGUGUGGCACAAGCUUUUAUAUGGUGCCAGAGAUGAUCGUCGGCAAAGGCUACAGCUAUGAAGUGGACUGGUGGAGUAUUGGAGUUAUUUCGUUUGAAAUGAUUGUCGGUGAGAAGCCCUUUCAGUAUGAUAAACAUAUAAAUGAUGAAGAACUCUGUUGCAGUAACAUUGGGAAAGGGCAUGAUCUUCCAAAUGAAGUUGUGACAACUCUGCAGUUCCUGGAGAGUUUUGCAAACUACUCAGGAAUUUAUAGUUAA